UUGUUGAAGGUGACUCAGGGGACAAGAUGGCGGCGGCAGUGAGGGCGAGUGUCCGAGCGGCGAGAGAUCGGAGGCUGAGGGUACCGGCUAGAGCGGCCCUCCUGCUGACUUCAUCUGCUGUCAACAGAAUUAAGACUCUUCUGCUACAGAGACCAGAAUGUGUUGGUUUGAAAGUUGGAGUUCGCACUCGUGGCUGCAGUGGUCUCUCAUAUGUAAUAGAGUAUGCAACAGAGAAAGGGAAAUUUGAUGAAGAAGUUACUCAGGAUGGUGUGCGUGUGUUCAUUGACCAGAAAGCACAGUUAACCCUGCUAGGAACAGAAAUGGAUUAUAUUGAAACAAAACUCUCCAGUGAAUUUAUUUUCAAUAACCCAAAUAUUAAGGGAACAUGUGGAUGUGGUGAAAGCUUUACUAUGUAAUUAAUCAUAAAAUAAGUAUUUAUCAUGUAUAUAAAAUUAAGGUGGUGUGACUCAACUGUUGAGCUUUGUACUUUUCUCAAACUCCUUUAAAUAUAAUGUAUAUGAAUUCUUACAGUAAAACAGUACAUGUCUGAGUUUACCAAAGGGAACUUUAAACCUAUAAUAGUGAUAUCCAUAACUCAGUUGCAAAUUUUCAUCUAUGUUUGCAUCAAAAAUUAGCCCUUUAGAAAACAAGAAUAUAAUCAUCCUCCUUUACUAUUUUGUGUACAUGAAGCGUUUGAUUGGAAUCUUGUAUUUUUGUGGGUGUUCAAUUUGAACACUUGGAGGAGAAAAGUUACAAGUUCAAUUUUUUUUUUGCUAUCCCAUCUUUUUGUAUAAAGAAUGAUCAUUGCUGAUGCCUUGCUUGAUCAUGUGCAGUCUUUGGUGGUGGUGUGUAUAAAACUGAAUAGUGCUUAAUAUUUUUACAGAUGGUGGAAGGGGAUUAAUUGGUCAAGGGUAACUCUAAAAUACACAUUCUAGUAAGUAAUAGUUUGCCUGAAUUCACAGGCAAUUGUGUACUUUGGGCUUUUUAUUUCUGUUCAUUUACAGAAGUGCCUAAGUCAGCAAAUAAAUUGAGAUUUAAAAGCACUUUGGCAAAUUAGUAAUUUGUAGAUAUUUUUAAUUAAUGUAUUAUUAUUAAUGUAUUGCUUAACAUGUUCCCAUAAUUAAACAAUUAUGCAUUUGUUAACAGACAGGGGUUUGUGUUAAUGCAACAAUUGGAACACUGAAAAAUACAGAUGUCCCCAACUUACAAACGCUUCUACAUAUGAACGUGAUCUCAUACCGUCUAAUUUUAAAGAUCUAGUAUAUGCAAAUAUUAAUAUUACCUGUUCUUACAAAUGGCUAUUUUAUAUUGUCCUGCAUUGCGCUCCAACUUGCAAAUGAAAUCAAGAAUGGAACUCCUUCCCAACAUGGGGACUUUCUGUAAUCUCAUGAUCUUGGAUGUGCAACAAAUUUACUAACUUGCUGUAUAUGUUAGCAUUUUCAGCCAAAUUCUACAAAUAUAUUUUUAUGGUAUAUCAAUAAUUUGUAUAAAAAGAAAAUAAAGAUAAAUUCAGCAAAA